UUGGAAAUGCCACUACGGCGCUCACACCCUAAAUCGCAUCAUGGGUGUCUCGGCUGUAAGAAGCGCCGAAUCAAAUGUGACGAAUUGCGUCCUAUUUGCAGCCCCUGUCGCAAGAGAAACAUCUAUUGUUCCUUCUAUGGCGAUGGCACUCCUCAAAUUCUCUCACAGCCUCCUUCGACUCGCGCUGUCCCCUCGAUUGACAGCAGCACACAACUUCCUAUGCUCGACUUCGAACUUCUGAACCACUGGCAUGUAGCAAUAUGGAAGACUCUGGUCUCCGAGGAAUCGAACCGGGAGGUGCUGCGGACAUUUGUGCCGCAAGAGGCCUUACGCCACCCCUUCUUGAUGCACAUCCUCUUGGCAUUGUCGGCGCUGCACCUUACCCGCUACGGCCCCAUCGAACGGCGCCAGGUGUAUAUCGAAGCGGCGAUGACCCACAAUAACACCGCUCUCUCGUUAUAUUCUCCCCUCCUCAGCCAGGUGACGCCUGAUAACUGUCACGCUCUUUUUGCAUUCGCCUGCUUAGUCAUUAUGUUCGCUUGCGCGGCUCACGGGCCCAACGCCCAGCCCAAAGCCCAGUCCGUGUCGGACGUCAUCGAAGUCCUCAAGCUUAUCCGCGGGGCGGCGUUCAUGGUGGAGCAGGCUCGCCCAUGGAUUGCAAGCGGAGGCAUGCGCGGUCUGUUGACGGUGGAGAAGAUGCAGGAGAAAACAUCCAUCGAACAUCAUGCCACAGCUCUCCACCGUCUUCUGCAUGAAGUGUAUGAAGAACAACAGCGGCAACAGCAGCAGCAUGACUUCGACUCGAACCAUCAGCGACCAACAGCCCCUGCUGUUGUGCAUGCCACUGAGAGUCUCUUGAGCGUACUCCAGAUGUGCGCUGACAAGGAGAAUGCAUCCGUUCUACUGCGUUGGGCGGCCGUGGUGCAGUCGGAGUUCCUAGAUGCUCUGAUGCAGGAUGAGCCCAUGGCCCUUGUUCUGCUCGGCUAUUAUGGUGCCGCCAUUGGCCGCAUCAUCGAUACUUGGUGGAUGGACGGUUGGGGUCAGUAUCUGGUCAAUCUUGCUUCCGAUCGUCUGACAACAGGUGACUGCUCCCUGUACUUAUGGGCCCAGAACGCGGUCAACCGCAUUGAGGGCAUUGAGCAUUACUUCGACUCAGACAAAGCUACGGGCGUGCUCAGGGUUGAUGUGUAACUUGAGCCAAAUAUUCAGUGGCACGAGGGUGGAGAACAAGAGGUUUCUUGCAAAAGAGCCCAUGCACUUAAGAUCGCAACAAGCAGAAUCCCCGGUGAAUUCUCUGAGGCUCUGGAGGCCGACAUGCCCCGUUCCCGGCCAUAUUUCCAGCCCUGCAAUUGUACAGAGACAGAGCACCUUGAUCGCUAACUCGUCUGGUACAGCUAGCUUGCAGAUAGGAGGCUAUCAAACCGGCCAGCCCUCCUCGACAGCG